AUGUCUCUCAAGGCGAAGAUUGAUGUGUUCCCGUUUGGGGCAUAUCUGCUGCAAGAUCCUUCCCUGAUGAGAGUCAUGCAGGCGGUGGUGCGGGGCGCCAAUAAUACUAAUAAUAGCGGUAAUAUGAACGAAAACAGCGGUGGUGGCGGUGGCGCCGCGAAUAAACGCCGUGACGCUGGCGGCAAUACCUCUCAAUCCGUGGAACGGCGACUAAAAACGCCACUUGAAAAACUCAUGAGUCUCAAGGCGCGCUGUCGCGAGGAGCAGUGCGUGCACUCGGUUGAGGGUGUUCUUCUUGUGCAUGUCCACGACCACCCGCAUGUUCUUUUGCUGCGACACGCGAACACAAAGGCGUCAGCGCAUUCACGCGUGCUGCCGGCGACAAACACAAAUAACUUGGCGGUAUUUUCUUUGCCCGGUGGCCGGUGCAGGAAAGGCGAGCCGGAGGAGAUAUGCCUGCUGCGAAAACUUGGCAGGGACCUGUUGAAUGAGAAAAAGAGUUUGAUGGCGUCACGGACGGCGGAGAGCGAGUCGUCCGAGAUGGUGGUUGAGGUGGGUGCAUCGCACAGUUUGGCGGUAGCGCCGUCAUCAUCGUCCUUUCGGGUCGGUGAGGCACUUGGGCGGUGGUACAGGCCACACUUUGAUCCUUUUAUGUAUCCGUAUGUCCCGGCACAUGUGGCGGAGAGCGAUGUGAAGGAGGUGCGCACCGUUUUUCUCGUGCACCUUCCACCGCAGAUGCUGCUGACUGUGGCGCAGCGUGACGUGGAACUGGUUGCAGCGCCGCUGUUUGAUUUGUAUGAGAACUCCGCGAAGUACGGCCCGCUUAUAGCCUCCAUUCCGACACUUUUGUCACGCGUAAACAUAAAUUAUUGCAAGUAA